AUCGCAGGCGGAGUUGGCAGUCUCUGCCAUUGAGAAAUUAUUUUUGAUCUAUAAUUGCUCUUCGGUUUGUUCUUUGUCUAUUCUCUUACUAGAGCUUUAGGUCCGUCUAGGGUUGGUUGUUCGUCGUCGGCGUCGCCAUUUCUUUUAUUGUUGCAUCGGAAAUAGUUUUGAAAAAGUCGCUAAAGGAAGCUUCUUUGCCUCCUACUUUGUUGCUGUCGGAUCGGAAGUCACGACGGGAGCUCGCCGCCAAGGAUUUGGAGUUGUCAUUUUUGCUGUUUAGCAGUAGUUAGCUUAAAGCCUGCUCAAAUCCAGCAUCCAAACAGCCCCUUAAACUGGUUUAUAGUUCUGCAAGAUGAACGUGGAGAACAGAUAUGUUACGAUUAAACACCCGAUCGAAGGCAAGCCAUUAAUGUCUGACUUUGAGGUAAGGACAGAGCAGCUUACCUUGGAGAUCCAGAAAGGCUCUAAGGAUGUUAUUGUGAAGAACAUCUUUGUCUCCAUCGAUCCAUACCAGCUCAAUCGCAUGAAAGCUGAGAGUGCUUCUCAGAAAGCUUCCAUUUUAUCAAGCUGCAUCUCUCCUGGACAGAAAAUUGAUGCGCAUGGACUGGGAAGAGUCGUGGAGUCUGGCAACGACAAGUGGAAAAAGGGUGAUUUGAUUACUGGGUUUCUCGGUUGGGAGGAGUACUCUCUUGUCAAGCCAUGGCCGGAACCCAACAAAAUAGAGGCUGUUGAUCAGUUUCCAUUAUCUUGCUAUCUUAGUGUCUUAGGUAACAGUGGGCUUACAGCAUAUGCAGGAUUAUUUCAUAUCUGCAAGCCAAAAAAGGGUGAUAAAGUGUUUGUGUCGGCAGCGGCAGGAUCUGUUGGCAACCUUGUUGGCCAGUAUGCAAAGCUCGCAGGCUGCUAUGUUGUUGGAUGUGCAGGGAGUAAAAAAAAGGUUGAUCUGCUCAAGGAGAAGCUGGGAUUUGAUGAUGUAUUCAACUACAAAGAGGAACCCGAGCUCAAGUCUGCACUAAGAAGGUAUUUUCCAGAUGGAAUAGACAUAUACUUUGAUAAUGUAGGUGGAGAAAUGCUGGAAGUUGCAAUAGCUAACAUGAAUGCAUUUGGCCGAGUGGCCGCUUGCGGUGCUAUCUCAGAGUACACAGACAAAAAGAAGCAAGCCCGAAUUGACAUGAUGGAUGUGAUUUACAAGAGAAUAACCAUUUCCGGUUACUUGGCUUCUGAUUAUAUUCACGCAUAUCCUGAUUUUGUGUCCAUGACCUCCGAGCAUCUUAGCCAUGGCAGAAUGCAUGCAGUUGAAGACAUCUCCCAUGGCAUUGAGAAUGUUCCUUCAGCCUUAGUAGAACUAUUUGAAGGUGUAAAUAUUGGAAAGAAAUUAGUGCAAGUGAGUGAAAUCUAAAGGGUAGAAGCGAAGAACACACAUGUUGAAUGUGUGUUUCUUCUGCUAAGAGUCACUCGUCAAUGCCCUCUUGUCCAGAGUAAUAAAAUGGAGUAGAACUAUGAAACUCAAGCAGUCUUCAGUAAAGGACAAUUUCAUUUCUGCGCACAAUAUAAAUCAGUAAUUGCCAUCUCAUUGCAUCAACUGUUAUCAGCAAAAGUUCAUGAUAUUUAGUAAUCUAUGUAAUAUAAUAGGUAAACAGCAGCAUUUGAAGCUGGUAGGAUUCUUCACCUGUUCAUACAACCCAUCAUGAACAAACCCAUCAGUAGCAAUUCGGCGCAAUGGCUCCCUGUCGAUCUGGCCAAGCAUCGGGUCAUCCAUCCCUGGGAAAUUUCCCAGCAAAUGGAGCAUUACUAGCAACAAAGCCAGGAAAGUCAUCGGCUGCAAGAAAGUUGGGAUGCUGCUUUGGAGGAUUGUCUCAAGAAAAAAAAUAUUAUAAAUGCAUAGUUGUUACGCAACCGUACAGUCCUGAAUAUAUUUUUUAAAUGCAUAAUGGCUACACAUCUGUUCA